ACUAAAAUAUAAAGUAGCAAAGCUUACAAAAGAAAUACUGGAAUGCGUGCCGUAAUUCAACGUGUUAAGGCCGCCAAGGUCAUGGUGCUGGAUGAACUUGUCUCCUCCGUUGGACCCGGCUUAUGCGUGUUGGUGGGCAUUAAGACCAGUGAUACGAUAACAGAUGUGGAAUAUCUAGUGCGCAAGAUUCUCGCUUUGCGCUUGUUCGAGGAUGAAGGCAAACGGUGGCAAAAGUCUGUCAAGGAUUUACAGCUGGAAAUUCUGUGUGUGUCGCAGUUUACUUUGUAUCAUCGACUGAAAGGCAACAAGCCGGACUUUUCAGCGGCUAUGAAGGGCGAGGAUGCUAACCAGCUGUAUAAUCUCUUUCUGGAUCGAUUGCGUCAGUCAUACGACGACAGCAAAAUUAAAGAUGGCAAGUUUGGUGCCUAUAUGCAAGUUCAUAUAGAAAAUGACGGACCUGUAACUAUUGAAUUGGAAUCCCCACUGCCGAAGCACAUCGAGGAAUGUGUGGACAAAUAAUAAUUAGCCAACUAGUUAACUUGUAUGUAACAAAAGAUUUGUAUGU